GAAAAAGAAAGAAACAAACAAGCGUCCAGCAGACACAGAUAGCUGGCCUGUAGAACAUUAACAAUGCUCUGACCCAGAUUCUCACUGGGAAAGUUCAUGCUGCAGACGUCCAUCGAUAACACACGCUGUCCUCUGGAAGGGCUAAAUCGUGCCAUCGAGCAUUUAUUCAGGGAUUUUAACCAGCUGUGUCUCACUUUUCACUGAUCCGGAUAAUUUCGUAACUUCAUCACAGUCUUCGAGGAGUUUCCAAAAUCUCAAACCGAGCUCUGUCUUCGAUUACUCUGGCCUUUUGAUCAUAUGAUAUUGUUUUUCUUCCCCACUUCCGCAAACAGUCAGGAGGUCAGUGUGGCAGAAUCAGCAGCACGCGACAGAAAAACAGUCCGCGAGCCCCGUUCGCCAUGGUGAAGCUGUCAGUCAAAGUCGUCAGGAACAGCACGGACAGACGGAUCUAACCGCUGUGGCAGGACUGGCAGUUUUGCCCACCCAGGCCCUCCCCCUGCCCCUCUCCCCUGCCCUGCCCUUGGCUUGAGGUACGUGCCUCCACCCUGCCGCCCUCACCACGGACUCAGAGCAAGAACAACAUGGUGGAUGUUUCCAAAUGGCCCCUCUUCAGCCUGAUGGGGCCCCAGGAGCUCUCCUCCAUACGCAGGGCCUGUGUGUUUGGAACGUCUGCCAAUGAGGUCAUCUACAUCACCAGCGAUGAUGAGGUGUAUGUGUUUGGAUUAAACUGCAGCAACUGCCUAGGAACCGGGGACAGCCUGAGCACCAUUGUGCCCAAGAAGCUGGACUUCCUGAGCGGGAGGAAGGUGAUCAGCCUCAGCUAUGGCAGCGGGCCCCACAUCCUGCUGGCCACUGAAGAUGGAGAGCUGUUUGCCUGGGGCCACAACGGUUACAGCCAACUGGGAAACGGUACCACAAAUCAAGGAGUGGCACCUGUGCUUGUGUCAGCCAACCUGCUCAACAAGAAGGUCACAGAAGUGGCCUGUGGCUCUCAUCACUCUAUGGCUUUGACUGACUCAGGAGAGGUGUAUGCAUGGGGCUACAACAACUGUGGUCAGGUGGGCUCAGGGUCUACAGCGAACCAGCCCACUCCCCGGAGAGUAUCCAACUGCCUGCAGAACAAGGUGGCCGUUGGUAUCGUAUGUGGUCAGACCUCGUCUUUGGCAGUGGUGGACAAUGGAGAAGUGUACGGUUGGGGCUAUAAUGGGAAUGGGCAACUUGGAUUGGGAAAUAACGGGAACCAACUCACUCCCUGUCGCCUUGUUGCCCUGCAGGGCUUAUGCGUGCAACAGAUUGUCUCUGGAUAUGCCCAUUCCCUGGCACUAACAGACGAAGGGUUGCUCUUCGCCUGGGGUGCCAACACAUAUGGACAGCUGGGCACCGGCAAUAAGAGUAACCAGCUCAGUCCAGUGCAGAUCAUGACUGAGAAAGAAAGAAUUGUUGAGAUUGCUGCCUGUCACUCCACACACACAUCAGCUGCGAAGACCCAGAGUGGUCAGGUGUACAUGUGGGGCCAGUGCAGGGGCCAGUCUAUUGUGCUGCCACAUCUCACGCACUUUACCUGCACUGAUGACGUCUUUGCAUGCUUCGCCACCCCCUCAGUUAUGUGGAGACUGCUUUCCUUGGAGCAUGAUGAUUUCCUGACGGUGGCUCAAUCUUUGAAGAAAGAGUUUGACAGCCCAGAGACAGCUGACCUCAAGUUCAGCAUUGAUGGCAAAUACAUCUACGUCCACAAAGCGGUCCUCAAGAUCAGGUGUGAACACUUCAGAUCCAUGUUUCAGUCUCACUGGAAUGAAGACAUGAAGGAGGUGAUAGAGAUAGAGCAGUUCUCCUACCCAGUCUACCGCUCCUUCCUCGAGUUCCUCUAUACGGACAACGUGGAGCUGCCUCCUGAAGAUGCUAUUGGGCUGCUGGACCUCGCCACAUCAUAUUGUGAGAACCGGCUGAAACGUCUGUGUCAGCACAUUAUAAAAAGGGGCAUCACAGUGGAGAACGCCUUCUCCCUGCUGUCUGCAGCUGUGCGCUAUGAUGCAGAGGAUCUGGAAGAGUUCUGCUUUAAGUUCUGUGUGAACCACCUGACUGAGGUGACGCAGACCGCUGCCUUCUGGCAGACUGACGGCAACUUGCUCAAGGACUUCAUCUGCAGAGCCAGCCGCUGUGGAGCCUUCAAGAACUGACCUCAACCCAAGAUGAUCACAAUGACAGAUGCAGAUGAUGCCACAGGUUACUGUGCAGUGUCUGUGUCACAAGAAGUCAGCUCGUCUACACUGGACUCCAUCUGCCUUCGUCGACCAAAGGUUGUAUGAUGGAAGUGUGUACAGUAUCACCAUCAACAUUUAAUCCUUGAUUCAUCUCAUUCCAGAGCCGAGCAAGUGGGUCCAGCGUGUGGCAGCUUUACAUGCUAAAAUCACAAAGCCUAUGUAUCUGGUAGCAGCACUAUUAGACUGCCAAGUAAGUUGUUGUGUUUGCCGAAGUGCCUGACUGCCUGUUGUUAUUCACACCUUAUGUUAAGGACUGGAAUGUAUGGGAUGGGACAUUCAGAGGAACAGCUGUGACAGGUUUUUCUUUUUGUUUUGUUUUUUGCCACAUUAGUGAAAUUCUUGCCAGAUACUUUUUUUUCUGAUUUCUAUUAUUCUGUUUAACUGAUCAAGCUAGUUCUUGAGUGUUUACCUUUUGCACUUGUUUAGCCACCCAUCUUGAAUGCUUUCACUCAAAUCCACCUCACAUAUGCAGUCUGGAUGUGACAUUUGGAUUUAUGGCAUUAGCAUCGAUUCAAGAUGCGGUAUCAGGUUGUGUGCACUUUUGGAUGCAAGGUGAAAACCAGACAUUUCUAGGCAGAACAGUGACAUAUCAAGAGUAUAUACUCAGGCAGGGGGAUCCUGCAUUAUUGCUGCACACCCCCACCCCCCACCCCCAAACUCAAUGUUCAGGCAUCUAAGUCUAGUGAGUUUGAGCAUGUCAAUUCCAGUCCUCCAUUAUUAGACCUUAUUGCUCCCAGAACUGCAACUCUGAGGCGAUUCUUAGUGUCUACGUCAUAGGAUGACAAGUAGACAGGAACUCAGGUUACUAGUGAGUUGUGGAAGUCUUAAACUAUUACAGAUGUAAAAAUAACCAUCUGUGCACUACAUUUCUUACUGCAGAGUUGAAAGGAUUAUUUAGAGCAGCAAGAGCUCCAUAACAAAAACCCUUAAUGCUGGUUAAGGUAAAGAGGAACUAUGUCCUGGUAGAGACUUUCAUUUUGGUCACACUCAAAUACAACAGCAAUGAUGAUUAACAUUUUUGUAAACAAGAUAAUUAAGGCAGACUGUUUACUGUGGUGGAUUACCUUACUCGGGUAUUUUUCAAGUCUGUGGAGGAUGUUUUUGUACUAGACAAAAGUAAAUGGCAGUGAGUGACUUCUACAGAAGGUAGAAUGUAACACUGUAGAUUUAAGUUAAACUUGCCUGGCUUGCUACCUGAAACAUAAAAUUUUGGAGCCAAAUAAGUAAGUACAGUUUUAAGCACUUUUAAGCAGAUUUGCCUUGCAGAAUCUUAGGUUGGGGGCUUUUUAGCAACACACAUCUUUCUUCAUUCCCCAUCCUGUCUUUGCAGUAAACGAUAUGUUACAGUAUUACAGAAUAUUUGUAAGGUUGUUUAGUUACAUCUGUAGUACAGAUUUUAAGAUUUAACAAAAAGCCUAGUUCUAUGCAACAAAGUUGCUGUAAGAGCAGAUUUUUUUUAUUAAUUCAAAGUCAUUAAUUAUACAUCUGUAUCAAUGAUAUUGGAUAUGAAGUGCCAGUUGAAUUUUCUGACCACUGUAAAAUAAAAUAAAUACACUCA